CUCUGAACUCCUCUGAAUGGACUGUCAGUUCAGAGAGUGCUGAGGAGAUGAGGAUGCAGUGGCUCAAUGCAUUAUUCUUCAUCUGGAUCCACUGUCAUAUGUGCAGGACAGAGUUUGAGCUGACUUUACUCCACACUAAUGAUGUUCACGCACGAGUGGAGGAGACCAACAAGGACUCGGGGAAAUGCACCAAACCGCCUUGUUUCGCUGGAGUCGCGCGGAGGUUUACCAAAAUCAAAGAAGUUCGCAGCUCGGAGAAGAAUGUGCUGCUGCUGGACGCGGGAGAUCAGUUUCAGGGGACCGUCUGGUUUAACUUCUACAAAGGCGCAGAAGCGGCACAUUUCAUGAAUAGACUCGGAUAUGAUGCGAUGGCUUUAGGAAAUCAUGAGUUUGACAAUGGAGUGGAUGGCCUCCUAGCCCCUUUCCUUCAAAAAGUGAACUGCACUGUUCUUAGUGCAAACAUUAAAGCCGAUCAAACGAUUGCUUCUCGGAUCAGCGGAUUCUAUCUCCCAUAUAAGAUCUUCACUGUUAACUCAGAGAAAGUGGGUGUUGUUGGUUACACAUCAGUUGAGACCCCUGCUUUGUCUCUACCAGGUCCCCAUCUCCAGUUCGAGGAUGAGGUUACUGCUUUACAGCCUCAAGUGGACAAACUAAUUGCUUUGGGUGUAAAUAAGAUCAUUGCCCUUGGACAUUCUGGGUUCAAAGUGGACCAAUAUAUAGCAAAGAAAGUUAGAGGAGUGGAUGUUGUGAUUGGAGGGCACACCAAUACAUUCCUUUACACAGGGUGUGAUGAACUUAAGUAUUUUCUCUCAUUUAUUUCGUGUGCUCCUGUGGUCCAGGCCUAUGCCUUUGGAAAGUAUCUGGGAUUCCUAAAAGUGACUUUUGAUUCAAGUGGAAAUGUGGUGAAGUCUUCAGGCAAUCCAAUUCUUCUGGAUAACUCAACAGCACCAGAUCCAGUCAUUCAGACUGAAGUGGACUCUUGGAGGAAGAAUCUGGCCAAUUACUCUGCUCAGUAUGUGGGACAGACUCUAGUCUAUCUCAAUGGAACCUUUGAGGAAUGUCGAUUUCGUGAAUGUAAUUUGGGAAAUUUGAUCUGUGAUGCCAUGGUCCAUAAUAAUAUUAAAUAUGCUGAUGAAAUCCAGUGGAACCAUGUCAGCUCUUGUAUUCUGAACGGUGGAGCCAUUCGAUCACCUAUUGAUGAGCGAAACAGAAAUGGCUCCAUCACAAUGGAGGAUCUGAUCGCCGUGUUGCCAUUUGGAGGUACAUUUGACCUGGUCCAAAUGAAUGGAUCUACUCUGCGAGAGGUCUUUGAGCACUCCAUUCGCAGAUACGGUGGAAGCACUGGUGAAUUCCUACAAGUGUCAGGGUUUCAGGUAGUGUAUGAUUUAUCAAAAUCACCUGGAAACCGUGUCAAAAGCUUGAAUGUGCUCUGCACUGAGUGUCGAGUACCCCGCUAUGAACCGCUCAACCCAAAGAAGGUGUAUAAAGUGGUGCUGCCCUCUUACCUAGUGGACGGAGGAGAUGGAUACUCUAUGAUCAAAGAACAGAAACUCAAACAUGACAGCGGCGACCUGGAUAUAGCAGUCGUUGCCAGCUACAUCUCGGAGAGAAAGAGAGUUCAUCCAGCUGUGGAAGGACGUAUUCAGUUCGCAAGCUCUUCUAUUGGACAUCGAGGAUGUAUGUCCACUAUUCUGCUGGUGUGGGUACUCUGGGUCAUGUUUGUUUAGUCAUUUAUUAAGUAUUUGUGAAAAACAAAAAACAUGUAGCCAUUUGUGUGUAACUGUACAGUCAGAGAGAAAAAAAACCUUUAAUCCAAAGAUUAGUUAUUGUCAUAGAAGCGAACAGAUUAACUGGCAAAACUGUGAUGUAGAAAGGAUCAAAAGAAAGUCAGUCAUCUUUUUACACGUUCUUAUUCUAUAGGGUUCUAUAGGGUUACAGGCACUUAUUCUAUAGGGUUCUAUAGGGUUACAGGCACUUAUUAUAUAGGGUUCUAUAGGGUUACAUGCACUUAUUCUAUAGGGUUCUAUAGGGUUACAGGCACUUAUUCUAUAGGGUUCUAUAGGGUUACAGUCAUUUAUUCUAUAGGGUUACAGGCACUUAUUCUAUAGGGUUCUAUAGGGUUACAGGCACUAUCUAGUACCUAUUUAAAAUUAAUAGAAUUCAUAGGGGCUAAACUAUGCUGAAUCUCACAAAGAGAUGUCCAGAUCAUAUUGCACUACAACAUUUUUGCUUUAAAAGCUUAUCUUUUGGCCCAUUAAGAUAUUUUGGUAAUAUUUCAUGAUAAUUCAGCUAACCCUAAGCUCAAAUUCUCAUGACUGCAAUGUGAAAAUAAAAAAGUAGAAUUUACAUUAUGCGUCAUUUAGUUAAUUUUGAAUUUAAUUGUUUUAUUUUACAGCAGUAAUUUGGUCCUCAGAGACAUUUUCUUUAUUCAAAAUAUAUUUUCAUAUUUUCUUAAUUAUGAACUGUACAUCUUUUCAUGAGACUCUUAUAAAAAAGGGUAAAGUUUUUUUUUAUCUGUGAUUAGUUUCUUGAUGAUGAUUAUUGAUAGAGGUUUGUCUGGCAAGAAAUCUCCAUCCUUUUUUUUUCUAAGGUAGUUAUUAAUAUUUUUAUAAAGCAUUUCUUUUAAAUAUGUUAUAUAUUAAAAAAAGAUGUAUUGUAAAACACAUAACCAGGGACAAAGUUGCUGGAUAUAUUAAGAUUUUAUUUACAGAGCACAAAGCCAGAACAUUUACAAAAAAAAAGAAAAAAUAAAUUCAGUACUUUUAUUUUGCACAUUGCUGUGACACUAUGUGAAACGUCUCAGUUCUGUCAUAGAUUUUUUUUUAAUGGUCUGUAUCUUGUCUUUUUGAGUAUCUUCACAGAGUUUAAAAUGGUUUAUUUACAUCUGAUCUGAAGAAUGUUUUCAUGCUGAUAAUGACAUUAUGCAUGUUGAAUCACAUGAUCUACUUGAUCCAAACCUUUCGUUUUAAUGCGGUCACUAUUAGACUGUAAAAAUUAGGCAGGCUUCCAAUGAUUCGAUGAAUAACCAUGGCAUACAAACCCCAUUUAAGUCAAUAAAUAAUUGUAUUUC